GAACCUUCAUUUUACUUUGUCAAGGCUAUUGCCAUCUUGGAUAAUGAUGGCAAUAGGAUGCUGGCAAAGUAUUAUGACGAUUCAUUUCCUACAGCAAAGGAGCAGAAAGAAUUUGAAAAGAAUCUGUUCAACAAAACUCAUCGAGCGAAUGGAGAAAUCAUCAUGUUCGAGGGGCUGACCUGUGUAUACAAGAGCAAUGUAGAUCUGUUUUUCUAUGUUGUUGGUUCAUCAAUGGAAAAUGAGCUUAUCCUGGCAAGUUGCCUCAAUGCCUUCUACGACUCAAUCAGCGAAAUACUGCGCAAGAAUGUGGAGAAGAGAGCCCUCUUGGACAACUUGGAUGCAGUUUUCCUGGCAGCGGAUGAGCUUUGUGAUGGAGGGAUUGUGCUAGAAAGUGACCCCCAUCAAAUUGUCCAGAGGGUGGCCAUCAGAAACGACGACAUCCCCUUGGGAGAACAGACAAUGGCCAAGGUGCUUCAGUCGGCAAAAGACCAGAUCAAGUGGUCACUACUCAAGUGAUGGGCGUCGUCGAGGGAGGCUGAGUGUGUCUGGUUGUGUGUGUGAGUGUGUGUAUGUUAGUGUGUGUGUGUGCUUGUGUCCAUGUACGGGUUUGUGAAUGUCAAAUGUUCUCUCUGAGCGUGUUGAUGUGUGCAUGUGUGCACAUGAGUGUUCUUUUGAGUGUCUGGGGCGUGCUCUUGCAUGCACGUCAUGCACAUAUGUAUUCCGUUCGUGUGUCGGUGUGUGCAAGCAUGCACACAAUGAGUGUUUAGUGAGUGUGUGGAUGUACGCGAGCAUGCACAUGUGUGUGUGUAUGCUGUGUGCGUAGGUUCAGGCGUGUUUUGUGAGUGUGUGUAUGUGUGUGCAUGCCUGAUGGACAAAAUUACACGAUGGGAUCAUGGAGUCUUCAGUCAGCAGCAGCAACGACGAAAGCGAUGAAGAUGUCUGCGACAGGAGAGACACUGGAACGAGGAGAUGACGGACGGUUGACAAGAUGUGUCUCCACGGAUGGUGGGUGGUGUGUAUUUCUUGUUUUGGGUUUGUCAAGAAGCAUGCUCGACCCUGCAAAGAACGAAUUGUGUAGUAAGCCUGAUGGAGUUGCGCUCAUUCAUGGUGGGGAGGCAUGAGAGGGUUUCUUUCUUGUAUCAUUUAGUAUGACUAAACUUUUGGUUGUAUUAUUUAGUAUGGCUGAACUUUGAGUGUGGCAGAGAGAAAGAGAGUGUGUGAGCAAGUACAUCUUAUCCUGUUGUUGUUGUUUUUUAGUUUUGCUUUUAUUUUUCUGUGGGUUUCCUUCUUGUAUCAUCAUGUAGGAUGAUUGAACUUUAGGUGUGGCGGAGAGAGUGUGUGUGCAAAAGUACAGUUUAUCCUCUUGUUGUUUAGUUCUGCUUUUAUUUUUCUGUGGGGUUGGGACCAGGAUUUGUAGUUGUGUUUGGUAUGUUACUGGACGGUCAAGGUUGACAAUAAUACUUUGGUACAGCGAGGCAUCAAGUUUGACGUGAAUGACUAACUUAGAGGGGAGUUUUGGUUUGUGAUAUGUACAGGUUGAUGUUUGCGUCACUCAGUGUUGCAUGUGUGGGUUUGACAGUUGUUUCCAUCAAGUUCAUGUAGAAUCUGUUUUUGUCAUUUGUGUGCCAUGUGUAUUUUUGUAUUGAUGCUUCUGUAGUGGCAACACUGUUUGUAAAGCAACAUUUUUGUUCUGUUAAAAUAUGACCAAACCAUUGAUGGGGCGCCUGAGAAUAGUGGUUACGCUUUCAAACUUUUGCUAAAAUAAAAUCUUAAACUUGAUACUCAGCUCUUCCAAGUAGAACAAAGAAAGGUAAUUGUCUCCUUCAGAUCACCUUCGAAAGAAUAGGCACUUUGUUAUCGACAGGUAGAAUUUAUGAAUGUUUAGGUUUAUGCACCUAACUCAUUGAGGCAGCUGGAUCAGUUGGAUUGCUUUGAAAAAAUUCGUUUCAAUGGUAUUGUAUUACUAUUAACCUCUCAUGGAAGGAAAGAGAAAGAUAAAACAGAAACAGAACUAUGAACUGCUGUCUUGGGUUAAAAGUUUGUGCGUCCUUGCUAUGUCAGGCUGUCUUGGUUGCCAUGAGGAAUUGUUUCAGCUUUUAUUGUCUUGUUCUGUUAUUCACAUGCAUCUCUAUAUGCCUUUGGAAAGAAAUCUAAAAUUUAACUCAUUUAGCCUCGUAUAUAAGUUAUUGAAAGUGAGUAAAUGUGUGUGAUUUGUGUUUUAUUAAAGUAAAAGUGAUCAUUAUAGAGGUAAUUCCAUUUUGCCUGAUGUGUUUGAUGUUCAUCAAUUCCUGUUUUGUAUAUACUUAAAGGAGGAAUAAAUGAAAUUUUGAUGGGAUGUAUGCUA